AUGGCGGCGGCUGAUCAGGUUUUUUAUUUAUUUUCUAACGAAAUCUUUUCUAAGUUACCCGCUAAAGCUAUUCUAAGGAUUAGAUCAUUCUCAGAUCCCAUCUUAAGCUUUUUGUUCGAUGAUUGGUUCGCCAAACAACAGGCGCUCACCAUGAAUAAAUUGAAUGAUAUGAGUUUUAUAGUCCAACAAGAACCACACUUUUUCUCCCACCAUACUUUGUUACCUGAAUACGACAACGACGUGGGAAUUCCAAACAAUUCACUCAAGUACUUGAGCGAGAAUACAAGUAUUCUCGCCUCCAGCGGUGGACUUCUAUUUUGUAAAAAAAAGGCGGGAAACUACGUUUCAAACGAGGCUUUCUUGAUUUGCAAUCCAGCCACUCAAACCAUGAUGACAAUUCCUGCCCCAGAUAGCUCUUUGAUAUGGGAGAAUAAUAUGCUCUAUAAGGUAAUAUUUGAAUGUGAUUCUAAACUUGGUGGUGAUGAUUUUCUUCUAAUGAUCAUUAUAGACGAGGAUGGAGAUUGGCCAACUACUUUCAAAUCUAUGAUAUACAAUCAUGAAACAAGAGAGUGGAAAUUCGUUGGUAGAGACAUUAACUUAGGAAGCAGAAACUUAAUAAACAAGAACAAUGUUUACUACGAUAAGGGAGUGGUUCAUUAUUUAUCGGAUUUCAAUUGUUCUUACUUACAAUCAAACAGGUCUUUCUAUUUCCCCUAUAUUGUAGCGUACAAUAUAAUGAACAGCACGACCACGUUCCUAAAUCUUCCCAAACGUGCAAGGAAGGGUCGGAACCAUUUCACAUGUCAAAUGGGUAUCUUUCAAUGGGGAAAUAAUAAGGAGGAAGGACAAAAUUGUCGGUUAUGUCUAGUUAAAAUUAGAAAAGACAUGAUCAACGUAUGGGUGACAAAAAACUAUGAAAAUAGCUCAUGGACACAUAUAUUGAAGAAGAGGGCUAUGGAUAUCGGUUUAACGGAGUUUGGUUCAAAGGUUUCAGAUUUUAGGGUGAUCAAUGGAAACACACUACUUAUAGCGUUUAACAAACAGAUAUAUAGCUAUUGUUUGAAUAUGGAUGAUGAAAAGGCUAAAAAAAUAUGCAUGUUGGAAGAUGAGUCCUAUAGAAUGGUAAUGUAUUCAUAUUCUAAUACUCUAAGACCAUUGCAAAAUAGUGUUAUGUUUUGA